GACUUUAUUAUAGGACCUUCAUUUAGUGCUGCUCUGGGCUCGGUGACGCGGCCUUCCAAUCGAUGGGCCAAUCAGAGCGCGGCCCGGCAGCGUGUGAGCCAAUGAGCAGGUGGCUGGUCAGUUAUCAGAGCGGUUCCUGCUGCUGCUGAGUCGCUUUGGCUUUGGGAUCUUCGCGGCACCGGGAGCGAUCGCUGCGACCGACAACGGGAUUUUUGUUUAGAGAUUUGCAAAGAAUCGAGUUUGGUGGCGAGCGACUGGGGCAGGGCGACUGUGCAGAAGAUCUGGCUGCUGUUUGUGGCGCUCCCAGGCGGCUCUGGGCUGAUCUUUACUCUGCUGAAAGUUGCGCACAAGCCUAGGGGACGGGCUGCUCUCAUGCUCCCCAAUGUUAUCCGUGGGACAGAUGGAGAGUAACAGACAAAGUGCUUUUCUGCUGAGCUCCACUCCUCUGGCUGCGCUGCACAAUAUGGCUGAGAUGAAGGCCACUCUGUUCCCCUAUACCCUGCACAACCCCAACACUUUCAAAUCCCCCAGUCUGUCCUCUCUCAACUCACAGAUCCCCCUGGCGACCCCUCAUGGGAUUAGUGACAUUCUUGGCCGACCCCUAGGGGCCACAUUGGGCUCCUCCAGUAACCUGCUCACUAGCCUGCCUCGUAUUAAUGGACUUGCCACCUCCACUGGGAUGUACUUUAACCCUGCUGUGUCCAGGUACCCCAAACCCCUGACUGAGUUACCCGGCAGGGCCCCCAUCUUCUGGCCUGGGGUUAUGCAAAGCUCUCCUUGGAGGGAUCCCAGACUGGCCUGUGCAACCCAGGCAGGGAUGCUGUUGGAUAAGGAUGGAAAGAAGAAACAUUCCCGGCCAACCUUCUCUGGACAGCAGAUAUUUGCCCUGGAGAAAACCUUUGAGCAGACCAAGUACCUGGCAGGGCCUGAGAGGGCACGACUCGCCUAUUCCCUGGGCAUGACAGAGAGCCAAGUCAAGGUCUGGUUCCAGAACAGAAGGACCAAGUGGAGGAAGAGACACGCAGCAGAGAUGGCCACAGCCAAGAAGAAACACGACUCAGAGACAGAGAAGAUGAAGGAGAGUUCAGACAACGAGGAGGACGAUGAAUAUAACAAACCCUUGGACCCCAACUCGGACGAUGAAAAAAUCUCCAGGUUAUUAAAAAAGCACAAGUCCACAAACUUGAACCUUCUCAGCCCUUGCAGCAACAAUUCGGACACUUUGUGAUAGGAAAUCACAGACUUAACCCCCCUCCC